UAAUCAUAAUUUGAUUUCAGUUGUUUAAAUAUAUUAAACAAGUGCAGGGAUUUCGAGACUGCGGAAGUUGCCGCAUGCUUAUUUGACACGCGCUUGACACUAACUGAUGUGCGGUGGCCUACCUGGUACGCUUUGCUAACACAGCUCCUCAAGUACAAGCACAAAAUAGAUGAGUUGUGCAUUUCUCUAAAUGUUCCCAAUUUUACAAAAAAACGAAAUUCAGUACUUGGAAGAUUUUUGCAUGAUACUAAAGCCAAUAGCAGAUGCUUUGGAGUUCCUGCAGCAAGAUAAUUAUUUGUAUUAUGGCUACUUUCUUCCCACCCUGGUUACAAUCAAAGUCAAAUUGAAAAAGUUGCACGAGUGCAGACGUAUAAAACACUUGCACGCUGUAGCACAACAAAUGAGCGAUGCUUUAUCGAAUCGUUUUGGAAAAUAUUUCGAAAUGGAUUCUGACUGCAACGAUGCCAUAAUUGCGGCAAUAGUAUGCCCGGCCGUUAAAAUGCGCUUUGUGGAAGCUUUGCGUGAAUCCGCAGCGCAUGUUACUACGGAAACGCUUGCGCAGCUUUUUGUGGAUUAUGCGCAAGAGUUUUACGUAGCCGAAAUUAAGCAGCGUCCACCAUCCGUAGAUUCCUUCCUUUGUUUUACUGCGGAUGAUAAUGAAGAUUUCUCCACAGAAAAUUGCCCAACCGUCGUUAUACGCAAAGAGUUGACAGGUUACUUGCAUGAUGAGGACAAAACUUUGGCUUGUUUAGAUCGUUAUCCACUAGUUAAACAAGUUUUUCAUAAAUACAACACCUUGCCGCCAACUUCAAUGGCGCUGGAAAAUUUCUUCCAAACUUUCUUGAAUGUGCUUAAUGGACAAAAAGAACAGUAUUUAAAUGAUGAGCAUUUCGAGCGGUUAGUCCUUACGAAGGCAAAUAAAAUUUUGUAAGAGUACUACUUAAAUUAAUUCAGCGUCUAAAUGUUGGAUUUGAGCAUCAAAAUAUUGUGUAUUAAUCUAAUAAAAAUAAAUGCAUAUGUAGUUUAAAAU